AUGGACUCCCUUCAAUCCUCUGGGGCCACGACCCCAAUCACAGACACCGCUCAGUCAUUGAAGUCAUCUUCUCGACCAAGCACACCUGCAACUGAAAAAGACACUCUGUUCAGUCGCCCCCCCUCUCCCAAUCGUACAACUCUAGACGAGUACAUCCUCGUCGUUGGUGGCCUUGGCUACAUCGGCAGCCACACAACUUGGGAGCUCCUAAAAGAAGGAAGCAAUGUCAUUGUGAUCGAUAAUCUCAGCAAUGCUUUCGUUAAUGUUCUUGAUACACUCAACGACAUGACGGACCAACGCUUCAGCAUCAGUCAUCGUCGCCCAGAUCUUCACUUCUACGAGGCUGACUUUAGAGACGAUGCUAAGAUUCAGGAGAUUUUGUCUCGUUACUCUUCACCUUCUGGAUCGCAAAUCAAACGCGUUAUUCACUUUGCUGCGUACAAGUCUGUCUCGGAAAGUAUUGAGCAGCCUCUCAAGUACUAUGACAACAAUGUCGGUGGGCUCAUCAGAUUCUGUAACACAUUAUCAAAUUUCAACAUUAAGAACUUCAUCUUCUCGUCGUCAGCUACUGUAUAUGGUUCUCUGGCUGAUGCAGGUGGACGAUUGGUGGAAGAGUCUUGCAGUCAUAGUACUACUGAGUGGCGCGAUGCUAGGGGCCAGAGCCAGCCAACUCUUUCAGGAUGCACUGGUCUCACUAACCCAUAUGGGAGAACAAAAUGGAUCUGUGAGGCUAUUCUUUCUGAUUUAGCUAUUGCAGACCCAGAAUGGACCAUCACAGCCUUGCGGUAUUUUAACCCCAUUGGUUGCGACGAGUCUGGACGGUUAGGAGAAGACCCCCGUGUUGCACCAACCAACCUGAUGCCUGUCCUACUCAAAGUCAUGCUUGGAGAGACCGACCGGCUACAAGUAUUCGGUACAGACUGGGAUACGCGAGACGGAACUGCUAUUCGAGAUUUCAUCCAUGUCUCCGAUCUUGCAAGGGGUCAUCUUGCCGCCCUUGCGGUGAAAGAAGGCCAAGGCUUCCAGACCUUCAACAUUGGUACCGGGACUGGCCAGACCGUGUACGAGGUUGUUGAAGCUAUGAGGAGUGCCUCAGGGAGAGACAUUCCCGUGUUGAAAGUGGGACGCCGCCAAGGUGACGUCGGAGUCUGUGUCGCUGAUCCUGGUAGAGCUAUGACUCAACUGGGAUGGAAACCCCGGAAGACAUUGCUUGAUAGCUGUCGAGACCUGUCUGUCAACCCACGCGAGGGACACCCCUUCUCGGUCUCGGAUCCGAUCGAGUGUCUUGUCGUGGGUCUGCGGUCUACUAAUGGUUAG